AUGGACCCUCUUUCCCGUGUCAUCCGAGACGGUGACGUGCCAAACAGCCAGCCUCAAAACACCAACAGCAGUCCCAACCUCCCUCCUCGUUCUACACACCCACACUCACACCCCCCUCUCGCAACCUUCCCUUCUUCUUCGGGAGUAUCUCUAUCAGCUGUCCCCUCCUCUCUCUCCCCUCUCCCUCUUUCCUCCUCACUCUCCUCCCUCCCUCUUUCCACCUCUCUUCCCACCCUCCCUCUAUCCUCUACCUAUCCCUCCUUUCCCCCUCCCUCCACCUUCCCAUCCUCCUCUCACCACCUCCUCCCCAACUGGUGGUGCGGCCACCACGCGGCCAAUCAGAGCUCGCCAUUUGGCAGGCGACCGCAAUCCGUAAGCCCCCCAGGCCUCCCCCUUGUCCCCCCAUCCGGAUCCCUCGGGGAAAGAGGGGGAGCAGGCGGAAUGGAAGGGGAGGGGAUGGGAGGGAGAGAAGAGGGAACGGAAGGGGGAGAAGGUCGAGGAGGAAGGGGAGGAGGAGGAGGAGGAGGAGGAGGAGGAGGAGGAGGAGGAGGAGGAGGAGGAGGAGGAGGAGGAGGAGGAGGAGGAGGAGGAGGAGGAGGAGAGGGAGAAGGGGGUGAGGAAGAAGAGCAGGUUAUAAGCAUCAAGCCGAUGAGAUCUUGGACCCCUUCCGGCAAAAAUGAGAAGCAGCAGCAGCAGCAGCAGCAGCAGCAGCAGCAGCAGCAGCAGCAGCAGCAGCAGCAGCAGCAGCAGCAGCAGCAGCAGCACCACCACCAGCAGCAGCAGCAGCAGCAGCAGCAGCACCACCACCAGCAGCAGCAGCAGCGGCAGCAGCAGCAGCAGCAGCACCACCAGCAGCAGCAGCAGCAGCAGCAGCAGCAGCAGCAGCAGCAGCAGCAGCAGCAGCAGCAGCAGCAGCAGCAGCAGCAGCAGCAGCAGCAGCAGCAGCAGCAGCAGCAGCAGCAGCAGCAGCAGCAGCAGCAGCACCACCACCACCACCACCAGCAGCAGCAGCGGCAGCAGCAGCAGCAGCAGCACCACCAGCAGCAGCAGCGGCAGCAGCAGCAUCUGGACCCUAUGGGUUCUGCCUUUGUGCGUGCUCUUUCAGUCAACCGCUCUUUUCCAUCCCUCGGCGGCGGCGCAGGCGCUUCAGGUGCAACACCAGCAGCAGCAGCAGCAGCAGCACCAGCUGCAGCAGAGUCACCAGCACCAGCAGCAACAACUAAGUCAGCAGCAGCAGCAACAGCAGCAGCAGUAGCAACAGGAGCAGGAGUAAUAAAAUCAGACGACGCAACGGGAGCAGCAGCAGCAUUGGAGGCUGUAACGGGAACAGCAACAGAUAUGGGGCUAAUGGGGAAGAUUCCCGAAGAUUCUGCGGGAGACAGGGAGAAAGGCAGGGAAGUUCAAAGAGUGGAAACCCGCUGGGGUUUGGGUGCAAGGCUGGGAGGCUCGCCGCUUGCUUUGGGGCGUUCUCGAGUUCCCCGAACCGGAGCAGCAGGCUCGGGAAGGGAGCCGGAGUCUUCAGCCGGAGUUGCUGGGGCGGGUUCAUCUGGGGGAGGCGGUACUGAGAGGGAUCUGUUCAAGGAGACUCAGGUGUUUCCGCUGGCAGUGUUUAAAGAGCCUGAGUUUUCACCUGGGCCGGGUUCACCCAGGGGAGGCGCUACUGAGCGGGUGUUAUUCAGGGAAACUCAGGUGUUUCCGCUGGCGAAAACCCACAGCCCUCUCUCGGGCUUUCUUGCACCUAUGGCCGGUGGGAACGAGAGCGGUGCUGCUGCUGGUGCUGGUGGCGGUGGUGCUGAUUCUGGUGGCGGUGGCAGUGGUGGUGGUGCUGCUGCUGUUGUUGUUGCUGCAGCGGGUGCUGCUCCUGCUGCUGCUGCUGCUGGUGGUGGUGCUGCUGGCGGCGGUGUUUCUAUGGGCGAUGGCAGCAGCAGCGGCAAAGUUGACGCCGUUGGUGCCGGGGGAAGGGCAGGAGCGGGAGCAGGAUCGACGGAUUUGGGAGUGGGUUUAACAGGAGGAGGGUUAGUUGGAAGGAGUACGUUAAUAGGAGGUUUGCUGGGGGGAGGUAGAUCUCGGGGAGGGUUACUUGGGGGAGGUACAUCCGGAGGAGGGUUACUGGGGGAAGGUAGAUCAGAGGGUGGGUCACUGGGGGGAGGUACAACCAGAGGAGGGUUACUUGGGGGAGGUACAUCCGGAGGAGGGCUUUCGGGGGGAGGCUUAUUCGCAGGACAGGCUCAGUUCCCGGACCUCAGCACGCAGCUGGGCCUCAGGCUUGCAGAGAGCAGGCCGCCAGAGAGCAUUGAGUAUGAGAGCCGGGAGCUAGCCCGAGCGGUGCAGCAGAACAGAAUACUAGAAGAGGAGAUCGUACGGCUGCAGGUGCAAUCGUGGGAGCUUAAGGAGCAGAACCAGGAGCUGCACUCGCGGGUGGUUCGGCUGGAAAAUACUAUGAAGUAUCGGGAGCAGAGAGGGGUUGGGAGCGGUGCGGGUGGGUGGGUGCAGCCGCAGCUUCAGCGGAUGGAGAAUCAGGUGGUGGUGCUGACGGGACGGGUGCUGCAGCUGCAGCAGCAGAACCGCACGGCUAAGGGAGAGAUUGAGAGGCUGAGGAAGGAGUUGGAUGCGGUGAGGGGGAAAGGGGUGGCGGAGGGGGGAGGGGGAGGGGGAGGGGAAGGAGAAGGGGGCAGGGGAAGCGGAGGGAGGGUUGGAGGGGGCCGGAGGCAGGAAAGGGAGUCUCAGGAGGAAAGGGAGGGGGGAGAAGAAGAGGAGGAGGGUGCGCCCAACUGGAACUACUUUGCCACUGGAGGGUGUUGA